AUGACGAAGCCCAACCUCCGGCACCAGUUUGUUCAGGAUUUGAGAAGGGGGCCCCACCAGGAUCGUUUUAAGAACGUCCUGGCCUGCAAGUUUGGGCAGCAUCAUUGCUGGUCCAAGCGAGAGUUGGAGAAGUUGAACUGCUACGAGCACCUCUCCCCCGUUGUCACCAACCGCUACUGGCGCCGCCUACUCAGCAUUCGCGAGAAGGUUUACCAUGAGCUCGUGCUUGAGUUUUACACUACCUUCAAGCACGCAGCCACGGACGAUUGGAAAGACGAAGAAGCCGUCCAGUUCUGGCUCGGCGGUGAACCACGAUCCAUGAGCUACGACGAGCUGGCGGACGCCCUCGGCCUCAACCUGGUCAAUGACAGGGACUACAUCACCGAGAGCGCCGAGCCAGCGGGGGUGGACUUCGGGAGGCUGUACUUCAGUCUCGCUCGGCCACGUCAGCUUCCCUUCAGGGCGGGGAAGACGAAGGCUAGCACAUUGCAGCUCGACAACCGCAUCCUCCAUCACAUGCUGGCCAAGUCUUACACUCCAGCCUCGGACAGUGCCAGUGCCAUCACCAAGAGAGCCAUGUACUUCAUCCAGUCGAUGCGCCAGAGGGAUCAUCCCCUCCACUUGGGCUCGGUGGUGGCGAGGACCUUCGAGAAGAGUGCUUCUGAGCUGAAGAAACUUCACUGCACUCCCCUCAUCACCCGCCUGGUAGACUACUUCCAGAUAUCCCUGCAGGGUUGCACAGAGCAGUGA